GUGCCUUCCCGGCCAGGCGGCACGAAGAUGGCCAAUGGAGCUAUUGGCCAGAAUGCCACAAGCUCCGGCAAAGGUUCGGAGAAAGCCGCCGGCGGGGAGCGCGAGUACAUUCGCUUCGAAGUCGUUGACUUUCAUUGCAAGGCACUUUCAAAGGUCGUGCCGGCACGCCAUCGAGAGACGAAGGUGUACAUGUAUUCUGGUGCGCUUGCAUACGGUGCGAAGCAGGAGGUUAUGGUGCUUCCAGAUGAGAUUGCUGCUGCUGGUUGUCCCAAUGCCAAGCUGGUCCCAGAUUGGUCAACUGAACAGGUGUUGCCUUGGGCCUGCCGACCAUCUAAGGGCAUCACAGUCAAACGUGUCUACUGCGAGAUGGAGGGUAUGAAGCUAGGGCCCCGAUCUCUUUGUGGCCGAAUGCUGGCGGAGUUGAAGAACUUCGAGGGCAAGGGCUACGAGCUCCUCGCAGGUGGCGAGCUCGAAUUUGUCAUGGCGAAACGCAAAGCAAUCUCUGAAGAUGCAUGGGAGCCCAUGUUCAAUGGCCCUGAAAUCUUCACCACCUUGCAGUCAUGCAAGGCGAUAGAUUUCUGCUACGAUCUGGAAAAGAACAUGGAUGCUGUGGGCGUGGACGUGCUCACGAUGAACACAGAGUACGGUCAAGGCCAGCUGGAAAUCACUUUUGCGCCCAAGUUUGGCAUCGAAGCUGGAGACAUGACAGCCACUUUCCGGACGGGCACGAAAGAGAUGGCCCAAGAUGCCGGGUUGCGAGCGACCUUCAUGGCAAAGCCUUUCGGGGUUAGUGGCGUCGGAAAUGGUGGACACAUGAACUUCUCGAUUUGGAUGCCUGGCGGUGUCAGAAGCGAUGCCAAGGAUAUUGUUUCCAGAACAACAUCGGGAAAACUGAACGCCUUUCAUUCUUCAGAAGAUUCGAAAGGCUUAUCUGCAGACGCUAGAUCCUUUUUGGCAGGUGUCCUGGCUCAUGCCCCUGCCUUGGAAGCUUUAUGUUCGCCCACGCCGCCUUGCUAUUGCCGCCAUGGCAACUGGGCCCCCACUGUGGCCAACUGGGGCUUCGACGACCGCUCUGCGUGUGUGCGGGUCAAAGCCGAUCGAAGGGGUAGGUCCAAGCGGAAGAGAGCCAGCAUCAUGACCAUUGUUGUGUUCUUUGUGCUGGCAGGUCUCGUGGCCAGUGGCCUUGAUGGGCUCCAACAAGGCAUGGAGCUGCCGCCCGAGCGCCAGACCAAGGAGCGAAGCUUGUUUGGGGUUUAG